AUGUGUCGGUCUACUGGACGACUUUACUGUAGCCUAGAUGGUCGUGAUGCAUUGGAUAUUGUGGCUGUUUAUAACAACGUGGACAUUGCUGACAUCAUCCUGAAGAGAAGACUGCCAGACGGCAAUGAUGUGGAAACGACUGUUUCUAUGUCAAUGGAAGAUGUUGCAGUGGAGACUCGAUGUGUCGUGUUCCACUGGGCACACAAGAACAGUAGAGUGGAUGUGAUAAGAAAGAUUGUGGAGCAGGGAACAGAAGUGAAGGACAGAUUGGGACGAAGUUUACUUCACUAUGCUGCUGAUCAUGGCAACUGUGAUGUGGUUGAUGUUCUCUUGAGCAAGAAGGCAGAUGCUGAUGCUUCAGACAAGGUAAGUUUGUAGCAACAGUAAAUAUAA